CGCACGCGCGGACGGGAGCCGAAGGGAACUCCGGGAGCAGGAGUUUUUUCACAUGGCUUCCAAAGAAGUGACCAUCACAGUUCGCCUCAUUCGAUCCUUUGAGCAUCGGAACUUCAAACCUGUGGUAUAUCACGGAGUUAAUUUCGACCAGACUGUAAAGGAAUUUAUAGUAUUUCUGAAGCAAGAUAUUCCUUUAAGGACCAGCCUGCCACCACCAUUCAGAAAUUAUAAAUAUGAUAAAUUGAAGAUUAUUCAUCAAGCACAUAAAUCAAAGACAAAUGAACUUGUGCUGAGUUUGGAAGAUGAUGACACACUCAUGUUGAAAGAAGACCACACUCUGAAAGCAGCUGGAAUCGCCAAUGAAACUGAAAUUGCAUUCUUCUGUGAAGAAGAUUAUAGGAACUACAAAGCUAAUCCCAUUUCAUCCUGGUGAAAACCUCACGGGGCUUCCUUUUUGCAUGCCUAUAUUAAGCUCUUUAUUCCACUAGUGAGUUUUUAAAUUGACAAAUAAACUUUAAAAAUUAAUCCUGGCUCUGCUGUUUGAGUUAAAAUCUGUGGUAUUUUCUCUCUUUGCCAGUCUCGUUUUUCUUUCUUUCUUGUUGUAAAAUAAUAUAUUUAUUUGUGAGAAAAA